AGUCAGCGCAAGUAUGACGAGUGCAAGAAGCAGGAGCUUGCCAAGUGGCGUGAGUCAACUCACUUCGUCUCGUUCACUAAGUACUUAGAAGAUGAAUGGGUGAAAGGCCGGUUCUGGCGAUGGCAAGUGCACCACACGCCCCAAGGAUACUCGACUACAAACAAUCCCUGCGAAUCCUUCAAUGCGAUGCUGAAA